GUCAUUAUAAUGCGACGAACUUAGGAGGGGCAGAUGUAAACGUGCAUGCUGAUGAGUCCAAUUAUAACUACAGACUGUUUGAUUCGCGAUCACGACGAUUAAAAACUCUUUUUUUAUCUGUUUACUUCCAUACACUAUCAAAAUAGUGUAUGUUUUUGGAGCAGCUGGUCACAGUAAAGAGCGACGCAUAAGCCAGCACAUUUGAAGAUGUCUGUAACGGAGAUGUUUAGCUACAUCCAAGGAUUUUUGAGUGCCGAUCAAGAUAUUCGAGAGGACAUAAGGAAGGUUGUCCAAGUUCUGGAGCAGACAGCGAGAGAGAUCCUCACUGUUCUUCAAAGUGUCCAUCAACCAAGCGGUUUCAAAGACAUUCCCAGCAAGUGUUUGAAGGCUAGAGAGCUGUUCUGCACUGUAAGAAACCACACUGGAGAGCUGAAAACUAAGUUCCCUGUGGAACAGUACUAUAGGUAUCAUGAACACUGGAGAUUUGUUCUUCAACGUCUUGCCUUCCUUGCUGCUUUUGUGGUAUACCUGGAAAGCGAAUCUUUGGUUACACGUGAGGAAGUGGCAAGAAUACUUGCAAUUGAAGUCGACAGAGAAAAAGGGUUUCAUUUGGAUGUGGAAGACUAUCUUGCAGGAGUUCUUAUUUUGGCCAGUGAGCUGUCGAGGCUGGCAGUGAACAGCGUGACCGCAGGUGACUAUGGACGUCCGCUUAGGAUCUCAAACUUUAUCAAUGAACUUGAUUCUGGAUUUCGGUUGCUUAACUUAAAAAACGACCCUCUUCGCAAGCGCUAUGAUGGCCUCAAGUAUGAUGUGAAGAAGAUCGAGGAGGUGGUGUACGAUCUCUCCAUCCGAGGCCUUGCCAAGGAGCAGGAGGCCGGAGGAGAUAAGUAGAGGAGGUGUGGGAAUGCAAGAGGCUGCGGGGCACUACGCUGGCAGGGAUUCUCCACGACUGGAAGAGUGGUUAAACCUGUCUGCGAGCAGGUGAUCGGAGGAAGAGGGGAGGGAAUGGAGGUCUUGAA